AUGAGCGCCCCACCGCUGCAGGAUCCGCCGUUGGUGGGCAUGGCGACCCAUUUUGGGACUCAGGGAGGCACUGUACCUUUUCCGAAGCGCAGCAUGCAUCUCCUCUCACAAAGCCGUCUGAUAACUGAUGGCACAGCCCAUCACUUUAUUCUGUGUUCACCGACGGAAGCAGUAGACAUGACGGCGGUGCAGCGCCAAUGCUCUAUGUUUUCGCCGAAGGGGGCAGAAGGAGUCACCUUGUACCAUGCGUCGUAUGCAGGGUGCCCGAGCCGCCGAGUGGUGGCCGUGUCCGUCCCAAUUUCUCUAGCGGCCUCUUCAAUCCUAGCUAUGGAGCUCCUUAAAAAGCGUCUGCUUGCGUGGGAGGACGAACUCAAUGCUUCGUUUGUGACCAUGGAUGAGGACGAGCCGGCUGCUGGACCGGGGGAUGCAGCGUCAGGGCGGCAGCAUGCUCCAGCAGCUUCAACUGGUGCUUCUGCCCCAAGCGUAGCCGCAGGUCAGGCACCAGGUCACCAGUCAGUGACAACUGGUGCUGGGAAUGUAGGGGACGUCACGUCGGGCGCAUUGGCUGGCGGGGCGUCUUCACGGGCCCACCCAGCACCCAGUAAUGUGACAGCUGCACAAGGCGUGGGGACCACGCCCAGUCAGCCGAGUUCAGGCGGUCAGCGGCCGACUUUAUUCAACUUGCUCGAGGCGCUAGCGAGUGAUAGUGUAACAACUCCAGAUCAGCGGAACUCCAUUCGUGGAAUAGUCACAGAUUUCCUUAACCACGAUCUUCCCCACUCGAAGGUGUACAGUUUCAUCGGGGCUGUAGUUGGUCACGAUGUGCUGCACACGAUCGUCAGAAAGCUCGAGAAUGAACCAGGGAGACUUGGUGUACCUGAUGCGGGCGGCCUGGCGAGAAUAGAGAAGGCUUUUGGGCUGAGCAAAACUACAAACCAGCAGCCAGCACACAGUGCUCAGCCCUCAGGGAGCGCCAGCAGCACAACUCCUCACGGCGUUGCAGCGGGAAGCGUUCGCUCUGCGACGGCGGUCCCACAGGAUCAGCAGCAUGCUGCUAGUGGUGCCUUUGACGGUGGUGCUGCGGGCACAGGGCUCACAAGUAGAGAUGCAAUUCUAAGGGUGAUUAGACGCAACCUUGACUCCAGGCGGAUGCCACCACAGAGUACGAAAGAUGUGUUUGAGAAAGUUCGGUGGUUGCCAGUUAGACGCCCGCUGACCCCAGUUCCGGUGUUCGGGCAUACGUUAAUAUCGUUCAGCAACAAGGCAAUAUUCUUUGGGGGAACAAACGAAAGGGGAGAAGGCGUUAGCUUUCGCAGUGCCUGUGUCAUUAACCUGAAUUUCUUCUCUUCUCGCAUAUUCGUUUUUUGUGGCGAGUAUCCGUCUGAAAGAGACGGUCACAGCACAAACGGCCUCACCUUGCAGCAUAGCCCUGGGGUUAUUCUCUUUGGGGGCCUCUCGGGCAAUCUUUUCUGUAACGAUGUUUACAUACUAGAGCUUGACUUUAAAAGAUGGGUGAAGAAGCAUCCUGCUGGGCUACCUCCAGCACCUCGCGAUCAACACGCGGCCUCAGUGUUCCCCGCAAAGACGGAGACAGGAAACUGGAGGGACAGCAGCUCUGACAAUUUGUCGGAGUUCCUGUUCGUCUUUGGUGGGCGUACGGGGAACCCAAACGUUUCUUUCCACUGCUUGGACGAUAUGUGGGCUCUGCAUCUACCAAGCAACACGUGGACAGAAGUUCGCGUGGGAGGCACGAGACCGCCUCCUCGGUAUGGUUUCUCCAUGAUAUGGUCAGAAGAUCUUCAUUUGAGCUUGUUCGGCGGGGAGACACACGGUGCCAACGGAAGAGUGUCAUGCAGGGAGCGGGUGCUGCUGGAAGACUUCUGGCAUUUCAAGAUUAAGGAUAUAGUGAAUGAGGCGCACUCUGGACCUGUCGUUGUAGGGGAGUGGCAGCAGGAGGUCUACGAGGGAAAGAUAGGGCCACGCUCCCACUACGCAGCUAUCUUCAUUACCCAGCGUUACCAGGAACCUAGGGCGGAGCCUCGGACAAUUGAGCGACUCAUGCUUAUAACCAGUGGGGUAACGACUGUGAUGGAGGGAGGCCGUGCCCGCGCGACAGAGACAGAUCAGAUUAGCGUUUAUUUCUUCUCCAAGAAGCAAUGGUACACUGUAAAGCCCCGGUACCCUGCGGAUUAUGUUGGGGAGCCAUUUGGCGCACGACAGCGCCAUGUGGCUUGCUUCUUUGAAACGCACAAUCCCAUUGCCCGGCCAACCCGCCCGCCUGUUCCGUGUCUCUUUAUCCACGGUGGUUUCCGACGUCAUCAGGUGCUUGGGGAUGCAUGGGUCUUAUCUCUCACGGGAGAUGACCCGUACAGGCUCAUGUCCCAAGGGGGUCCGUCUGCGGUUUCUUGUCCCGUUGGUGGGGAGUCUCUGCACUCUCAUUUAAUGAGUCAUGGGAUAAACUCAAUGCGGCUGACGCCAUCAUGGUACCAACGCGACACGCACACUCCGGGCAUUCUUUGGGCGCUCUGCAGCCAGCAAAGGUGGCUCUUUGGUGCAAUAGCGCAGCUCGUAGAUAACGCCAUGCAUCCGUCUGUAGGAUGCCGCAAUGUCUGGAUCAAAUUCGAGGAGACUCCAGACAAAGAUCCCAUGCUUUCCGUUCAAGAUGACGGGCAGGGCCUUGACUAUCCGGCAAUGAACAAGCUAUUGCGCCUUUACGGCAGCUUUGAGCCAGGCGAACGCCGCAGAAAAGGAUACGAAUACGGUUGCGGCUUCAAGAUGGCGUACGGCCGCAUAGCCUCGAGCUGCGCCAUAAUGUCCAGAACUCAGGGAACUAUUGGCAUAGGCAUGCUGUCGCUGGAGCUGAUGGGGCACUGCGAUGCUCGGGAGAUUGCAGCACCCAUGUGCAUGUGGCGUUUACCGAACAAGGAGCUGAUUAACAGAGACCCGAAUAACAUGGCGGACCACCGCCAUCAUCAGCGCUUGUUGAUGACGUAUACUCCUUUUACGACGCCUUCCCUGUUAGCGGAGCAAAUAAACGUGCUUGGCACAAUGCCGGGAUCUCGCAUGGUAUUCUGGGAUUUACGGGACGAUCUGGAUUCUCUAGUUCUGGAUCCUCGAGAUAGCAUGCUGUACAUGUCUUCAGCCCCGGAUGUUUAUAUCCCGAGGCAGGUCAGAUGUAACGCUUCCUCCCCUGGAAGGGGCAGCGAAGCAGAGGGAGUGCCCCAAGUCAGUCAGCCGGACCACGCGAGCUCAACUACUGGGGCUUCUAGCUCGGAGGCGAAGCCCGUGGACGAGCACACAGUUCCGAACGGAUUGACCACUGAUGGUUUAGGUGCUGCCAGCGAUGAAAAGCCUCUGCAGCCAGUCCGUGACCCGUGCCGACCGCGCAUUGACGAGGCAACUGUUGUUAAUGCCCAAGUAGGGCCGGAUAUGCUGGAUGUUGACGAAGAUGGGAAGCCCCUUAACCCUCCAAUGCAAGGAGGAGCUACUCAUGCAGAGGAUGGGAGUCCCGGAGAGAGCAUAAAAACAGAACAACCAGAUGCAGCGGGGAUGGAUACCAGCAGUGUCCCAGAUGAUACUCAGGGUGAUCGGAUGAAAACCCAGAAGGCAUUGCCUGCAUACUUUCCACUGUGGACAACAGCUAGGCAUUCACCAGAUUAUUGCCUGGCGACUUACUUAUUUUGGCUUCACUUGCACGCACCGGCAACAACCCACGUUCAGGAUGUUCCGCUUUCUCCACAGCCGUUAAGUUAUGGUGGGAAACAGCGGAAGGCUCGAGAAAUCAAGUCUUUACCUGAGGCGAUGGAAAAUGCUACUGAAGUUCACGUCACCAAGGAACAACAAGAGGCGGCGGAGUUGCAGGCAGAGGCAGCAGGCGGUCUUAUUGCUUCAAUAUCCCGCCCGCAGACAUCCCUAGGGGAGAAGCGGUCCGCAGACGGGGAACUUGCGGCAGACGGAAGUCCCAUUUCUCCUUCAUUAUAUAUGUUUCUGAAACAACGACUCUAUGCACCGGCAGAGUUAUCCUACCUCUUCACUCCAGCCGAUCACGAUUCUGGAUGCUUCGCGCUCAUGGGUUUCCUGAAUGAUCCAAUGGGCGAGUCGUCUCAGCCGCGGGUCUGUGAGGCGGGGGUAAUGCUGUACUUUAGACAGCGCCUAAUUCGCAAGUUAGAAUGCAUGUUCCCAGAUGCGCCCACGUACAUUGACGCGGCACGUUGCCCACCAAACGAUCGUCUCUUCGGCAUAGAUGGGGAGCCGCCGCAAAUUUGUCGAUAUGCCUUCACAGCGGUAAUUAAUGUCCCAGAGUGGAUGUUUCCUUCGUUAAACAAGCAGGAAUUCCUUCAUGAAAACAACAAACCAUACCUGAAAUUCAAGGCGAGAUGCAUGAAACUUAUGCAAGAUUACCUCUCGCGUUGUAGGGACCCGCAGGCGUUGAAUAGUUGGUUAGAGCAGAGAGCAAAACGACUAAGUGACUAUCAAGAUGCGCAGAGACUGAGCAGGCCGAAACGCCGGCUGAAUGAAGACCUUACCGACGAGGAGCAGCCUCGCCGAAGUCCGACCCCGCCGUUGGCGCAUUCCAGUUCCGGGGCCCCCAUUUGGACAGGACAGCGAGGCAGCAAUGCAGGAUCUGCGGAUAACUCUGCUGAAGCAAAACAGCAACCCAACUCUGGUGGUGCUGAGGAGCCGCUAGCAUUUUCGAACGAUACAGAAGCUGCGGGGGAAGAUUCGGGGGCUGCAACGGCACUGAAGAAGGAUGAAGUGGGUCCCGAUGUGGCCCAUGAUGCUGAAGGACCAGGACCACUUGAAAGCGCGCCUGUCGCCAGCUACACAGAGUCCGAAGAGAGGGAGACAAAGGAGGAAGGUGGUGCCGAUAUCACUGAGGAAGCAGCGGUUACGAGCAGAUCUGAGGAGCCCUGGGCUCAAGAAGCAGCCCCUCCAAGCGAUGCUCCUGUCACAGAGUGA